AAUACAAAUACUGGUAUGAAGUAUUUUGAAAUUGAUAUAGGACGAGACAUUAUUGGAUUGGCUGAAACUGGGUCAGGGAAAACUGGUGCAUUUGCCAUACCAGUGUUACAAGCCUUGCUGAAAACUCCACAGAGAUUUUUUGCACUUGUUCUUACUCCUACAAGAGAAUUAGCCUUUCAGAUAGCCGAACAAUUUGAAGCACUGGGUUCAUCCAUUGGUGUAAAAACAGCUGUUAUUGUUGGUGGAAUGGACAUGAUGACUCAGAGUCUGGCAUUGUCAAAGAAACCCCAUAUAAUAAUAGCUACUCCUGGACGACUAGUAGAUCACCUGGAAAAUACAAAAGGUUUUAGUCUCAGGGCUUUGAAAUUCUUGAUCAUGGAUGAAGCUGACAGAAUAUUAGAUAUGGAUUUUGAGCAAGAAGUUGAUAAAAUACUGAAAGCAAUACCAAGAGAAAGGAACACAUACUUAUAUUCAGCUACAAUGACUCAGAAAGUUCAAAAAUUGCAAAGGGCAUCACUUACAGAUCCUGUUAAAGUUGAAGUUUCAAGGAAAUAUCAAACAGUUGAAAAAUUACAACAAUAUUAUUUAUUCAUUCCUUUAAAGCAUAAAGAUGUGUAUUUGGUACAUGUGUUAAAUGAAUUACCAGGUGAUUCUAUCAUGGUAUUUUGUGCUACCUGCGCAAAUACUCAACGAACUGCUUUUCUGCUAAGAAACCUUGGCUUUACUGCCAUUCCUUUACAUGGCAAGCUGAGUCAGGCAAAACGUUUAGGUGCACUUCAAAAAUUUAAAGCUAAAUCAAGAUCAAUAUUAAUAGCUACAGAUGUAGCUAGCAGAGGUCUAGAUAUUCCACAUGUAGAUGUGGUUAUAAACUUUGAUAUUCCUUCACAUUCUAAAGACUACAUUCACAGAGUUGGCCGAACAGCUAGAGCUGGACGUGGAGGGAAAUCAAUCACAUUUGUAACACAAUAUGAUGUUGAAUUAUACCAAAAAAUUGAAAGUCUGAUAGACAAAAAGCUUCCUUUAUAUCCAACAGUAACAGAGGAAGUAAUGGUUCUUUUAGACAGAGUAACAGAAGCACAACUUUUUGCUAACAAGGAAAUGAAAGAACUCGAAGGUAAAGAUAAGAAGAGAAGACAUCGUAAUGCAGACGAUGAUGAUACAGAAGAGUCAAAAGGUGUCAAAAAUCGCUUCAAGAAGAAGAAAUUCAAACAUAAAUAGCGUGUAAAUUUAUAUGAACUGUUGCUAUGAAUAUUUGCUUUUUUAUUAAUAUAUAUAAAAAAAAGUUUGAAUGA